GAAGUGACGUCACUCGGGCGCGCCGGCGGCGGGGAAGGACCCGGUCGCCGUCUCGUCCCCGCAGGUCCUUGAGCCGGAGCCGAGCGCUUAGCCAUGGCCUUGAGGCUUCUGAGACUGGCCCCGGCGUCCGCGGCCGCGCGUGGUCUGGCGGCCGGCGCCCAGCGCGUGGGCGGAGUGCACACCCAUGCCCCGUGCAGGCUGAAAUAUGGACCUCUGGCCUUCAUACUUGGAGAAAAAACCUCCAAAAAGUGGACAGAAUCCAGCAAAGUGAUAACGGUAGAUGGCAAUAUAUGUUCCGGAAAAGGCAAGCUCGCAGAGCAGAUCGCAGAGAAGCUGGGCUUAAAGCACUUCCCGGAGGCGGGGAUCCAUUACGCCGACAGCACCACAGGAGACGGAAGACCCCUUGAUCUCCAGUUUAGUGGCGGCUGUAGCUUGGAGAAAUUUUAUGAUGACCCGAAGAGCAACGACGGCAACAGCUACCGCCUGCAGUCCUGGCUGUACGCCAGCCGCCUGCUGCAGUACGCGGACGCCCUGGAGCACCUGCUGAGCACAGGACAAGGCGUGGUGUUGGAGCGCUCCAUCUACAGUGACUUCGUCUUCGUGGAGGCCAUGCACAGCCAGGGCUACAUCCGCAAGCAGUGUGUGGAGCACUACAACCAGGUGAAGAAGGUCACCAUCUGUGAGUACCUGCCCCCCCACGUGGCCAUCUACAUCGACGUGCCUGUGCCAGAGAUCCAGAGUCGCAUUCAGAAGAAAGGAAACCCUCAUGAAAUGAAGAUCACGGCUGCAUAUCUCCAGGACAUCGAGAACGCCUACAAGAAAACCUUCCUCCCCGAGAUGAGUGAGAAAUGUGAGGUUUUGCAGUACGAUGCGAGGGAAGCCCAGGACGCAGACAAGGUGGUGGAGGACAUCGAAUACCUCAAGUGUGACAAGGGGCCGUGGCUCUCCCAGGACGACCGCACCCUGCACAACCUGCGAAUGCUGGUUCAGAACAAGCUGGACGUGCUGAAUUACACCAGCAUCCCCUUGUACCUCCCGGAGGUCACCAUCGGGGCUCACCAGAGCAACCGCCUCUUCCAGGCAUUCAGAGAGCUGCCGGGCCGCAAGUACAGCCCCGGGUACAACGCCGACGUGGGUGACAAGUGGAUCUGGCUCAAGUGAGCGCCGCCCUCCGCUCAAGCUGCCACCGUGAGGGAGAAGCUUCCGGUCUGCCUGCCUCUCUCCGACUCCGCAGAGCUUUAAAACUCAUGGGAGGAAAAUAAGCGAUCUGAACAUUGUACUGCAGAAGCGGUGUUCUGGCAGACAGCUGUCGCCCUGUGGUUUAGGUCCUGGUGCCGAAGGCACAGCGUGCGAGCUCUUGGAACCCUCGUGGCUGUGUUUGUGCCGGAACAAAACCCUGCCCCACAGGUUUUGUCUGUCUCCCUGCCCUACAGGUUUUGUACACUGUUCAGACUGCAGGAAUAAAACCCUUCUGUGUCGCUUC